AUGUGGCAGGACAAUGGUGGCGUGUGUGUUUUGACUCAGGGGGUGUGGGGGGGCUGGACUGUCCCGCUGCGGCCUGGCAUGGACCCCAUCACGUGGGCCCCUCCCUCAGAGAAAACACUUCCCAAACACAAAGAGCUAGUGGGAAAAGUCAAAUCUAAAGGCGUCAUGUGUCCGAGCUGCUGCUUUCAGCUCGUGCCACGUCUGCUGUUCCUUAAUUUAGACCUGGAUUAA